AUGCUUGCGCACGUUGUCAAAUUUCACUACAAAGAUCCUGCAGCCAAAUGGGUUUUGAAUGCGAAACGGUUCCACAUGUCAACUGGAGGUCGACAGACUCCAUUAAAAUUCCUGCUGGAGCCUACAAAGGCAAGCAUUUUUUAUUCGACUGAUUUACAAGAUGCUGAGGAAGUGGGCGAUAACUUAAGUGAGCAGGGCGUCCGCUCAAACGUUCACAUGGACGGCUGGUUGCUAUGCUCCUCAUGUGAGAAGGCAUCGUUCGACAGAAUAGCUAAUCUACGUGUUCAUUGGGCCUGUUGCGUCAAUGUUUGUGGGCGAUAUCGCAAAGAUCUCCGUGAAGGAAGAUCGGUACUUGAGUCGCCUUCAACGGUUGGAAAGCUCCCUAAGCGCCGAGGAAAACAUGAAGCGAUAAAGUGCCCUCUGCCGACUUGUGUCUCUGCGUGGCGUCCAAGCUUCAAGUAUCCAAAUGCCGUCACUCAAAUUGCUCACAUGAUAUCCCAUCAUGCUACAGAUAAAGAAGCUUACGACAUUGCAUUGAAACUUGGUGCGUUAAAUGCGAUCGUGGGUUUCAUUCUCCUUACGAGCUGGAACAGCAUGCGAAGCGGUAUCAUCCAACGGAAAAGCAUUACUCUGGAGCGCCAAGUGUCCGAUUUGGAUGCAGCAAACGAUUGCAAACGUUUGAAGAGUGGUGUUACUGAUAAUGUUCUACGACUUCUUCAUGUCAUGAUAUGCCACUUGCCAGAUGAGGACGCAGUAACAUGGGUCAAGAAUUGGAUGAAAAAGCGACGACACGAAUCUGUCAUGGAGACUGAACCCGUGUUCAAAUUUGACGUGCAAGAAUCGCUAAAUGCUUCUGUAGAAUCUGGCCAGUGUCAAAUAAUGUGCACGUUUUGCAGCUCCUUGGUCGAAGGGCAUAAGUACUUUGCACAUCGGAGACGUGGGAGCGUCUGCUACGAUCAUAAUGACACAAUGUCCACAAAAGCAGAGUCUUCGAUUGAGAAAAGUAAAGAACGGCCAGGUCGAAAACGACGUUUUGGAAUGUUAGAACCAGGCAGAAUACCGGGCUCAUCCAAAAUUCGAAAGAAUCCAUGUACAGUUUGCAAGUGA